GGAUACUGCAGACAGUUAUUAUUGUACGAUAACCAUCUGAACAGUAAAAAUGAGUGGCAGAGGAAAGGGAGGAAAAGGACUCGGUAAAGGAGGCGCCAAGCGUCACCGUAAAGUUCUCCGUGAUAACAUCCAGGGAAUCACCAAGCCCGCUAUCCGCCGUCUGGCUCGCCGUGGUGGAGUCAAGCGUAUCUCCGGUCUGAUCUACGAGGAGACUCGCGGUGUGUUGAAGGUUUUCCUGGAGAACGUCAUCCGUGAUGCCGUCACUUACACCGAGCACGCCAAGAGAAAGACCGUGACCGCCAUGGAUGUGGUGUAUGCUCUGAAGAGGCAGGGUCGCACUCUGUACGGCUUCGGCGGUUAAACUCAUUAUUCUCUUCACUAUUCAAAAACCAAAGGUCCUUUUAAGGGCCACACA